AUGCACACUCACCUCACUGAACCUCCUGUUAUAGACAUGCACACUCACCUCACUGAACCUCCUGUUAUAGACAUGCACACUCACCUCACUGAACCUCCUGUUAUAGACAUGCACACUCACCUCACUGAACCUCCUGUUAUAGACAUGCACACUCACCUCUCUGAACCUCCUGUUAUAGACAUGUACACUCACCUCACUGAACCUCCUGUUAUAGACAUGACACUCACUCACCUCAUGAACCUCCUGAACUCUGUUAUAGACAUGUACACUCACCUCUCUGAACCUCCUGUUAUAGACAUGUACACUCACCUCACUGAACCUCCUGUUAUAGACAUGCACACUCACCUCUCUGAACCUCCUGUUAUAGACAUGUACACUCACCUCUCUGAACCUCCUGUUAUAGACAUGUACACUCACCUCACUGAACCUCCUGUUAUAGACAUGCACACUCACCUCUCUGAACCUCCUGUUAUAGACAUGCACACUCACCUCACUGAACCUCCUGUUAUAGACAUGCACACUCACCUCUCUGAACCUCCUGUUAUAGACAUGCACACUCACCUCUCUGAACCUCCUGUUAUAGACAUGUACACUCACCUCACUGAACCUCCUGUUAUAGACAUGCACACUCACCUCACUGAACCUCCUGUUAUAGACAUGCACACUCACCUCUCUGAACCUCCUGUUAUAGACAUGUACACUCACCUCACUGAACCUCCUGUUAUAGACAUGCACACUCACCUCACUGAACCUCCUGUUAUAGACAUGCACAUCAUGCACCUCACUGAACCUCCUGUUAUAGACAUGCACACUCACCUCCUGAACCUCCUGUUAUAG